UUUGGCUGCAACGCGGGCGGCACGUGGCGGGGAUGGCGCUGGCGCGGGCCUGGAAGCAGAUGUCCUGGUUCUACUACCAGUACCUGCUGGUGACAGCGCUCUACAUGCUGGAGCCCUGGGAGCGGACUGUGUUCAAUUCCAUGCUGGUUUCCAUCGUGGGGAUGGCACUGUACACAGGAUAUGUCUUCAUGCCUCAGCACAUCAUGGCCAUCCUGCACUACUUUGAAAUUGUACAGUGACCAAGAUGUGACCGAAAUCAAGGAGUUCCUUAGGGAAGAGCCACCUUCUGAAGUUGGAAAGAGACUUCAUCAGAUGUCACAAGAAACUCUACU